AUGCCAGGUGAGAAGUGGAAAGACGGGAGGAAGCGCGGGAAGCAGCAGCAAUGCCUCUUGGAGGAUUACAUAGUUACCUACCUCCCGUCAAUUGGCUGCACAUCAUUCAGCACCACCACGGCACCAUCACCCGGCAUAACCACUUUCAAUACCACCUUGAUCCUCCCCCUCGCCGUUGUUGCCUCCACUCGUUGCGCUCCACCUUCCACAACCAUCUCUAUCCUCUCCCCCGCCGAUCCGCCGGACGCCGAUGAGACUUCGGCUACCAAUAGUACGCCAACCGGUUCUACUCCAAACCGAAAGUUUAACGACGCGUUCGCCGCGCCGGGCUCUGGCGGACCGCCCUCUGUACUUCCCGCCGGGUCGGUUAUAGCACCCAGGAUUUAUACCAACGACCGGUUUCCCAACAGUCGCCAGCCGCUGCCUCAAAGCUCACCGCUCGCUACCGGGGGCGGCGGGCUUCGCAGGCACGGCCAAAUACCCGAGAAUGCCAACAAGCGAGCUGAGCCGCCCGCCGGUGUCAAGUCGGAGCAGGGUUCCGAGCGGAAGCGGCCGAGGAGACUCGAUGAUAUCGCCAAGUUGGAGAGCGCUGUUCCGCCUGCCGCUUUCGCCGAGGAGGUUCUCACGGCGCCUUAUCUUACCGAGAGUGUUUGGUCAGAAAUCUUUGACCUGUACAAACUUCACUUCGCCACUGAGUUGCCGUUCCUUCACUUGGCAACUCUCAAGGAGAAAAUGGGAAACAGGUUCAGAGCCAAGCAGAGUGACACAUCUCCCGAAAUCAACCUCGUGCUCCUAGGGGUCUUGACACUGACAGUACGCUUCAACCCCACGUUGGUGUCUUAUGUUACAACACUCAGGACAGCUUCUACUGUUUCGAGCGGCCCAAAGUCGCGCCAACUGGGCAUCAGUAGUGAUGCGACGACCGCCUCCGAGUUCUAUGCCGAUGUCCUCACAAAGGCUUUGGGUGGACUUCGAGCCAGCAUGACCAUGGCAUCAGUCGAAAGGGUCCAGGCCUUCCUGAUGCUAGGCCUGUACGAGUGGGGACAGGCGCGACCCAAGGUGGGCGGCAUGGCGGCAUGGAUGUAUGUCGGAAUGGCCAUUCGUAUGGCUCAAGCUCUAGGCUUGGGUGAUGGCGAUAAAGAGGACAGCAAAACAUUCAAGUCCAGACCUCUAGACGCCUUGAGAUUGUCCAUAUCAAAAUCGCAACUGAUCAUCGCCAAAGAAAUCAGGCGACGUACCAUGUUUAGUUGCUUGAUAUUGGAUCGCUUGCUGGGCUGUGGCAAGGGGCGUGCAUCGACAAUACGUUCUGAGGACUUGCGAAUUCAGCUUCCCUGUUCUGAAAUGUCCUUUGACCUAUCCGAAGACGUCUAUACUGGUUUCCUCAACCCUACAGCCCAGGAGAUGGCAAGAGGCCCUAUAUCCGACAGUGCCGACAGCGUCCUAAGUCGCUUCAUCCGACUCGUUGAUAUCUGGGGCGAAAUAUCAAAAUGGAGCUUUGCCGGUGGUCGCUUUACAGAACAACAUGCUCCUUGGAAGCGUGAGACAACAUUCUACCAGCUCCGCAUGAAGCUUGAGACGUUUUAUAGCGAACUACCGGAGCGGUUUUGCUGGUCGAGGAGCAACUAUUACAAGCACGAGAACCACCACGCUAGCAGUGUCUACGUCUCCUUGCACAUGCUUGGCGCGGUAUGUAAGAUUAUGCUUCAUCGCGAGUACAUACCGUUCAUUGCAAUCCGAUGCAAGAAGCCAGUUGGCCCCCUCGAUGAGCCUACUUUUGCCGAAGGCGAUGAACCGACCGGAUUCUGGAACGAAAGCGCUGAAGAGAUUUUCAGAGCAGCUAAGGAUAUUGUUGAUCUCAUCGAUAUUUCCCAACAGAAACUUCCCAUGUCGACGCUCGUUUUGUUUGCCGUUUGGACGGCUGCCUUUGUCGGCAUAUAUGCUGUUUACUUUCCUCAUAUCGAUGUCGAACGCCACAUGCUUCUGCCACCAGACGAAGAUUCAGGGAUCGAGUUCGAAGAGAUCAAAAAGGGACCUACCGGCCUGACGUACAAAACACUACAGCAAAUGGGUAAAUGGCUCAAGAUGGCAGACACAUAUGUGCAAUAUUUUCAUGAUAUGGUACGUUACUACGACACGGUAAAGAAGGACUACGAAGCCGCGGCAAAAGCGGCGGACGGGCCAGGCGGUGAAGCUAAAAUUAACGUUCGUCUUCUUGGUGGCGGCCUGGAGGAGUGGAAAUACCAAGGACUGAAGGUGGUCAACAAUGGCGAAAUCCUGGCGGUUGACGACGACCGGCACAGCAUUUCUCGGGAUAGCACGCUCGAACCAGCCUCCAGCAGACAUGAUGGCCAUCAUACGGACCACCACACCAAGACCCCAAGGUCGGAUUCGCUCUCGUUCACCCCAAUCAACACAACAACGCAUCACCACCAGCACCCAUCGUUAGAUUCACCAGCAGACACCACUCGGACGCCAGACGGCGAAAACAUGUCCUGGCAUCACCCACCAUAUCAACGCCCAGUCACCGGCGGCAUGCUCAGCUCCAGCAGUCAACACCAGUCCCCAUCUCAAUCAUCAUUCGCGGCCCUGAGUCCGCAUCUGGCGACUGUCAAACAAGCAUUAGGCCCACCGCCACCACCACCAGCGGCUGUCUCAGGCUCCGGUGCGGCAGCCUCGAUCUCGACAUUGCCCAACAUACCCGUGUACAACUCCUCAAAUGAGGUAAUGCAAUAUAUCCAGGAAAACCAGAGCAUACCGUGGAAUCAGUUACCAGGCGGUGUCGACCACUUUGCGCACGGGACCGAUGACUUUUGUUUUGAUGAGACGGGCAACGGGUUCUGGGGGUCGAUGCCCGUUGUUAUGGGCGCCUCUGCUGCACAUGGUUAUGUGCCACAACCGAUUGUUGGGGUGAGUGGACAGCAGGGAACGGGUUGGAGUGGACUUAUGUGA